CAGUCGCCAAUCGUGGGCGGAGCGUCAUGGACCUCGGGACCAUUGCGCAUGGGAUGCUCUCGGCGCGGUGCCGCAUCACGGGCGCGAGCAUCUGCCGGCGUAAGACCCGCGGCUUCCACCUCUCGGCCCACACGGUCGUCUACCACGUCAAGGUCGUCGCGGCCAACGGCGACAAGUACGUCCUCGACUGGUCGCACGACGACUUUGCGCGGCUGUACAAGCGCCUGCGGGCUCUGGACGCGAGCCUGAAAACGGCGAUCGCAGCGUUUCCGUGCCCCAAGCGAACGCUCUUCUUUGGUCGCCACGACGCGCUGAGCAUCAAGGGCAUGUGCGGGCAGCUCGAGUGCCACCUCGUCGCAAUCCUCAAGAUUGGCGCGCAGUGCGCAGCGACCUCGCGCCCUCUGCAAGCAUCGCUCGACGCUUGCUUGCUCUGUGUGAUCGCAUCGACCGUGCAGCCCGCCAAAAACGACCUAUUUAACGCUUCGUUGCCACCAGCGUGAGCAAGCAAAUACUAUCUUGUUGUACUCCGUCUUAG